ACCUCGAUCAAUAUUUUUGCACAUCAAAACUUUUUACGUUCGUCUUAUCUUUCAAAAUCGAUUCUGUAAAUCAUGUAUUCUAUAUCAUGUAUAAUAUUAACAUCCUGUGUGAUUUAAAUCUUCUACAUUAUUAUACUAUUAUACUAUUAUUCUCCUAAGAGUAAUUGCGCGACACAACCUAGAUGGCGGCACUAUGAAAUCUCUCUAGUCUCGAAUUUCACUCUGUUCUUUCUCACUAUUCCGAAACAAUCCGUUCCAACCUUGGUCUCGUCUUUGCAUCUCCUUUAACACUCCGGCGGGAGCAGAAAGCGACGAUGAAGAUGUAGCUUCAUCAUGAGCCGAAACGGAUGAACAGGAUAUUGAUGCUCUAUCCAUGAAAUCAACAAGAACCAGCGACAAGAACAGUUUCUCAACUUCUCGGCCACAUACAUGUGAAGAACAGAAAUGUCGAUCUUUUGCGUGAGAUGAUUCUUCUCUUUCUAUUUUUUUUUUCAUCUUAUUUAUAGCAUAGAUAGUUACUUGCGUUUAUCUUAUUGGACGAGUUGGAAUAUGCACGACCAAGGAGACAAGUUUUUAGAGGUUAUGUAGAGCAAACUUUGAACAUAGUGUACCAGGUGUAUAUGUUUUUAUCGACUUGCGUGCAAUAUCUUUAAAACCUUUGACGAUAUCGACAAGUUUUGAUGGUGGAUUUAAGGAAAACUGAUUUUAUAGGAUUAGAUCUUUGUAUAGGAGAUCCAGAAAAAGUGGCAAUAACUGGAAUUUUGGCCUCUUUCGCUGCCGUGUUGCGUUUGAUGGAGUUGACCAUCAACCUGAUUCAUCCUCUCACCAUUCUCAUGCUCCGCCAAUCUGGUAAAUUAAUCGUUUAUGGUACAACUCAAAGUAAAAAUUUGAUGACCAAAUCGUUCUGGAGGCUACGCUCUAUUACGAUAUUCUCUCCUCGAUUGGCGGUUGCGGAGUUAAGGAUGCAACAACCGUUCAUCCCGUAUCAGAGAAACGUGUUGGACAUGGUGGAGGAAACAUUCCCGCGGAAAGAGGAUGUCAUGUUCAGGGAGAGGCUGAUGGAAAAGAAGGCUGAGCUCGAUGACGAAGAUAAUGUUAACAACCCGACAUCCGAAAGAAACGUGAACGACAAAGGGGUUGAAACGAAAUUGGAAGAGUUGGAAGAGAUGGAAGGGAUGAGCGAUGAAACUAAGGAGAAUAUUGAGGGGGAAGGGCCCGAGGAAGAGAAAGAGGAGAAG